AUGUCUGACGCCGAGGAAGUUGAUCUCUCCAAGAAAUACGUUCUGAGAACGGCGCCGUUCGACGCCCGGUUUCCAAACCAGAACCAAACCAGAAACUGCUGGCAGAACUACUGCGACUACUUCAGAUGCGUCAACGCCAAGGGAGAGGACUUCAAGCCCUGCAAGCAGUUCAAAAUGACCUACAACUCCCUCUGUCCUAAUGAAUGGGUAAGUAUCUCCAAAUGGGAUGACCAACGCGAGAAUGGCACAUUCCCCGCCGUCCUCGAUGAGUAG